CAUAGUAGCCGAUGUACUAUGUACGGUAGAUAACCUAUCUGUGUACUGUGCAUGGUGUCCCUGAUCAUGUGUGGGUCAUGGCAAGUGUUUUCAUUGGAACCUCCUGGUGGAUUGGGAGUGUUGAUCAAGACACCGCCUCUGUCAAGAAUAGAAUAUCAGUACACACCCACAUCACCCGGUUGAUCAGCACCCCGAGAAGCGAAGUAUAUCCCUCAAUAUCGCGGUUUUCUCAUGACGUAGGAGAUGAGGAUCUACACCGCAGAGAACAUGCUGGGGAGACGGUAUAGUCGAGGAGACUGUUAGUUGAUUGAUAGAGGCGGUGAUAGUCGUAGGGUAGGGGAAUCUGGACUUGUGAUCAAC